UCCUCAAUUCACCUGUGAAUCCGUCCGUGACUUCGACCAUGGCGACUCUCGCAGCCUCAGGAUUUCCGAAAAUCGCAGCUGGUUGCGUAAUCAGAGCUCAAUCCCAUCAAUACCCAGUUUUCUUAUCGCCCAAUGAACACAACAAGUUCUUCCCUCCCGCGCGAUUCCGUCUCAAGAAAACCACAAUUCCGUUCGUCUCCAAUCAGUCAAGUGCGCCUACGGGGUCUUCCCCUGGAUUAUACUCUGCCCAGAAAUUCGAUCUCACCGUUUCAAACGUCGACCUCGUUCUCGAAGAUGUUCGUCCUUAUCUCAUAGCUGAUGGCGGAAACGUAGACGUCGUCUCCGUCAAAGAUGGCGUUAUAUCUCUCAGACUCCAAGGAGCGUGUGAAAGUUGUCCCAGCUCGACGACGACGAUGAAGAUGGGAAUUGAACGUGUGCUGAAGGAGAAAUUUGGAGAUGCAGUGAAGGAUAUACAGCAAAUAUAUGAUGAAGAAAAGAAAGAGACAACUGUUGAGGCUGUGAAUAACCAUCUUGAUAUCCUGAGACCCGCCAUUAAGAACUAUGGAGGCAGUGUGGAAGUAUUGUCUGUGGAAGGAGGGGAGUGCUAUGUGAAGUAUGUGGGGCCUGACUCCAUUGGAUCAGGAAUCAAAGCAGCCAUCAAGGAGAAGUUUCCAGACGUUGUGAAUGUUGCUUUCUCCCAGAAUUAGUACAGAGAGAGAUCUGUGUAUAAAGUGGCCACUGUGUGCGGUUUAGCAAAUGAGUAAAACAUGGAGGGAAGCUAGCAGCAUAAUGUGCGAAAAAUUAUUAAAGCUUUCGAAGCAUACAAUGUUACUCUUGGCCCUUUUUUUUUGGGGGGGGGGGGUUGUCUUGUAGACAACACUAGCUGAUUCAGCUGGGGAGAAAUUGAGGUCAGAAGUUAAGGCCUUAGCAUGAUGGGGAAAUAUUGUCAUUGGCAGCAAUUCAAAAUGCUUCAUCUAUGUCAUUAUAAUCCAAUAACAGGUGUCAUUUUACCGAUA